AUGAGUCCGUUCCGCCUAGUCUACAGAAAGGCUUGUCACCUUCCGAUAGAGGUGGAACACAAAGCUUACUGCGCUGUGAAGGAAUGCAACUCAGGAUUGGGAGGAGUCAGAAUUGAAAGAAAAUUGCAAUUGGAGGAAUUGGAGUGUCUUCGGCUAGAAGUGUAUGAAAACUCAAGGCUCUACAAAGAAAAGGUAAAGGCGGUACAUGACAGGAACAUCAAGGGAAGAGAGUUUAGAUCUGGGGAUCAAGUCCUUCUCUACAACUCCAGGUUGAGGUUAAUGCCGGCCAAACUAAGAUCAAGAUGGGAUGGCUACUACGUGGUAGAGAAGGUGGAACCAUAUAGAGUUUUCCACCAAAGUCACCCCUCAAGCCCUACCUUUUUCAAAGUCAAUGGCCACCGUUUAAAGCUGUAUCAUGGUGUGAAAGUGAAGAACAACAAGGAGAUGGAGAUCUUCCUUUUGAAGGAUCCAGCAAAGAAAGAGGACUGA